GACCGUGGCCGCUACAUGUGCCAGGUCAACACGAACCCGAUGAUGCGACAGGAAGCCUAUCUCAAUGUUUUAGUGCCACCAGAUUUCAUUGCGGAAAAUACCUCGUCGGACGUGAUUGUACCGGAGGACAGCACGGUCCAACUCACCUGCAAAGCAAAGGGGGACCCAGAUCCGACUAUCACAUGGCGACGUGAAGAUAACAACGACAUCAUUCUGAAGGACUCCGGCGGCAUGAAAUACUCAGCGCGAUCGUAUGUGGGAGACGUGUUGACGUUGACGAAAGUCUCACGCCAUGACAUGGGCGUGUAUCUAUGCAUCGCUACCAACGGCGUUCCGCCCUCGAUUUCGAAGAGGAUUUUACUGGGCACAAUUUUCCCGCCGGCGAUAAAGGUGCCAAACCAGUUGAUCGGAGCUCCUCGCGGAUCGAAUGUCAGCAUGGAGUGUCUGGUCGAGGCGUACCCUCGCUCGAUCAAUGUCUGGGUAAAAGAUACAGGUAACAUGCUCGUAGCAUCACCGAAGUAUGCCGUGCAGGAGGCCGUACAGUCGAUGUACGUAACGAAAAUGGUGCUGACGGUGCGCGACUUUCAGAAGGACGAUGUCGGAACAUAUGUAUGUCUUGCGAAGAGCUCGCGCGGUGAAUCUGACGAGAUCAUUCGGCUGUACGAAAUACCUGGACCAAAGCGGAAGCUGUCCACACCCAGAUACGAUCAGAACGAGAUCACGGUCGGCAGAGACGGCGGCGGACCUCAUCCUGUCGACAAAGGCGGCAGGGUCAUCGACGAUAAUGACGAGCAGCAGCAGCACCACCAGCAUAAAGGCGAUUCAGCCGAGGAUGGGUUUGAUGCGGGCAAAGAAGCGAUCGACGAUAUCACCGAUCGAAACCAUCAUCAUCUGUCUUCUUCGACGUCCGUCGACCACCCUAAAAGCGUGAACAGCCUUCUGGUGGCAGGCGGUGGUGGUGGUGGCGGAGCGGCGGGCAAAUCUCAUCUGCCCACGACCAAGACCGUUACACGCAAACCCACGACGGUGCGCAAUGCGCCGGAUGGGUUGGGCGACGAAAAUGCCGCCAACCCUUCGGGGCAUGACACCGCCAUGUCAUCGGCGUCCUCCAUCUUCAUGGAGUACCUAUACCAGAGACAAUCAGCAUCAUCGUUGCCGCUCUUCACGCUACUGAACGGCGCCAUUCUGCUAGUAAUGUUGCUGCAGUGA